CGCCGGGAAGACGAAACCGAGAGCAGUGCCCGAGCCGGCCGGGCUUCCGCUGGCAGCAGCGGCGCGCCGAGAAGCCCCUGUCCCGACCUGGAGCGCGGCCCGGGCCUGCGCGGAGCUGCGGGGCCGUCCCGACCUGGGGACACGAUCGUGUAGCGCGGGGGCAACUGAAAGCCAUUUUCUCCCCGCGAAGAAUUUCUAGCAAAGUUACUGGAAGAAGAAAUGGCCAGUCAUCUUUCACCAGGUGUCUUCAUAGAAGAACUUAAUAAAUAUAGUCAGAAGCAUAAUGUGGUUCUUGAUUUUCGGGAACUGUCUAAGACAGGACCUCCACAUGAUUUAACGUUUACAUUUCGAGUUAUAAUAAAUGGGAGAGAAUUUCCGGAAGCUGAAGGUAAAUCAAAGAAGGAAGCCAAAAAUGCUGCAGCCAAAAUUGCUGUUGAAAUACUUCGAGAAAACAAGACAGUUAGUUCUUUACCACUGCUGACGAAAGAUACUUCAGAAGAACUUUCCCAGAAUUACAUAGGCCUUAUUAAUACAUAUAUCCAGAGGAAUCAACUCUCUCUAAAUUAUGAACAAUAUGAAUCAAGGGAUGGCGGGCCCAAAAGGUUUCGUUGUAAAUGCAAAAUUGGAUGGAAAGAAUACCCUAUUGCUUCAGGUUCCACAAAACAGGAGGCAAAACAAUUAGCCGCUAAACUUGCCUAUGAUCAGAUAUCCUCAGAAGGAAGCCCAAUGAAAGCUGACCCACUGUCUUCUGGUUCUUGCUCUCCUGCGUCCAAUGACUUCAGAGGAGACCCUUGCAGGACAAGCUCUUCUGCUUAUGAAUCAUCACCUGAAAAUGGCUUCUCACCAAAUUCAUGGGAAAGAAAUUGUGACAGCAACGGUUUAAACAAUUCUUUUCCAUCUUAUAUGAGCAGCCGCAAGAAGCCAGCAAGUUUGGCACCUACUUUCAGUUCUCCUGUGCAAGAAACAAAUAAGUAUACUGUGGACGAGAGGUUUAUCAAGGAUUUUAGAAGUAUAUCAGAAAUUGGCUCAGGUGGAUUUGGCCAGGUUUUCAAAGCACAACACAGACUUGAUGGGAAGACUUAUGUUAUUAAACGUGUUAAAUAUGACCGUGAAAAGAAGGCAGAGCGUGAAGUGAAAGCUUUGGCAGAGCUUGAUCAUCCAAAUAUUGUUCACUACUCUAAUUGUUGGGUUGGGAAUGAUUAUGAUCCUGAGGAAAGCAUAAAUCUUUCAAGAUCAAAGACUGACUGCCUUUUCAUCCAAAUGGAAUUCUGUAAUAAGGGGACGUUAGAGCAAUGGAUUGACAAUAGAAGAGGCGAGAAAACAGAUAAAAAAUUGUCUUUGGAAUUUUUUGAACAAAUAACUACAGGAGUAGAUUAUAUACAUUCAAAAGAAUUAAUUCAUAGAGACCUUAAGCCAAGUAACAUAUUUUUAGUAGAUGCAGAACAUAUAAAGAUUGGAGACUUUGGACUCGUAACAUCCCUGAAAUAUGAUGACAAGCGGACAAGUAAUAGGGGAACUAAGCGAUACAUGAGCCCAGAACAGAUUUCUUCAGAAGUAUAUGGAAAUGAAGUGGACAUCUAUGCUUUGGGAGUAAUUCUUGCAGAGCUUCUUUACAUAUGUCCCACUGCUAAAGAAACAGUUGAGAUCUUGGAAGAUGUAAAGGCUGGCACCUUCUCAGAUGUAUUUGAUAAUAGAGAAAAAAUUCUUCUACAGAAAUUAGUCUCCAAAGAUCCCAAGAAACGACCUAAGACAUUUGCAAUACUGCGGACGUUGAAGGAAUGGAAGAAGGAUACAGUGAAAAAGAAUGGUACAGGGGAAAAGAAACCAACUUCAUGUUAGAGCCCUUCUAAGAAAGUAUCCUGCUUCUGAUCUUUGAGUUUCCUGUAACUGUCUAAAAUCUGCUAGGGAAUGUCGAUGGUAUUUACCUUCUUCCUCUUUUUUUUAACCCUACAUUAUGAUUUUUUUUAAUUGCGGUAACAUUCAUUUAUACCAUUAUAUAAAUUUCAGGUGUACACUGUUAUAUAUUUCGAUUUCUGUGUAGAUUACAUCAUGUUCACCACCCAAAGACUAGUUACCAUGCAUCACCACACACAUGUGCCUAGGUAUUUACCUUCUGUUUUCAUUUUUCCCUUAAUUUUUUUACUACAUUUGCAGGAACGUUUGCAUUUUUUUACUUCAAAAACAUUCUUAGGUUUGACUUUUUCCUGGUGCAUCUCCUUAUUAUGAAGAUGAGAAAAAAAAAAUCCCUCAAAUUUUUUUUAGUGUCAAUUGGUAAACCAAUUAAUAAUAUUUAUUAAAUGUCCAUUGUUUCCAGGCCAAAAAAUGUAAGGUCUUUUCCUGUCUUAGGUAGCUAACAAGCCAGUUGGAGAAAUAUGGUACCCAUGAAAAGAUAAGUGAUAUACAAUCACUUUGGAAAACAAUUUGAUAUUACCAGUAAAGUUGAAGGUGUAUAUACCCUCAAAGCCAUCAGUUCCAUUCCUACAAGAAUUUUCAUAGAAACCCUGUUUAUAAUAGCUGAAAGAACAGGAAACAAUCCUAAUGUCCAUCACAAAAAGAAUGGACCCAUAAAUUGUAUUAUAUUCACACAUUGGGAUACUAUAUAGCAGUGAAAAUGAAUGACUUACAGCUAAAUGCGAUAACAUGAUACAUCUCCCAAGAACAUCAUGUUACGCAAACAAAGCAGGUUACAGAAAAUAUAUACAGAAUGAUUCCAUUUACAUAAGGUUCAUUUCAUGCUAAAUGAAAUAGUCUUCAGGAGUCCAACCAGAUGUGGUAAAACUAUGAAAUGAAGGAAGAGAAUGAGAAAUAUUAGAUUCUGAUCAUGGUUAUCUUUGAGGAGGGAUGGCAGUGAUGUGACUGGGGACUUCAAAGGUAACAGUUAACUUUUUUUUCUUAAACUGGAUAUUGAUUCCACUAGCGUUUGCUGCAUAGUUCUUUUUAUCUUAAAUACAUUUUGUAUCUGUUAUAACAGACACUUUAUAGAGAUAAUAACUCUGCUGUAAGGUAGUAGCUAAGCACAGAAAGUAGUCCGUCUGGAGGGGUGAGCUCACCUUCUGCGGUAUUGCGGCACAGGGCUCGGGGAGACUUCCAAGGAUGCGAGCAGUUUAGGUGAGUAGAGAGGAGGCCAUUUGGGCAGUCUGGGCAAGGGGCAUGGCUUGAGUUCUGGAAAAGCUGCAUUUGAGGAACAUGGGUAUACUAAUUUGUUUCCCUGAAUUGCUGUAGAGAAGGCCAGAAGAUGAUUUGGGCUAUAUCUUAGAAGAACCUGGGGGCUAAUUUAAACUUUACAGCAACCAGCUACCACGCUAAAACUGUCAUGUAAUUUUACAGUUUUUAAAAUGAGCCAAAUUUAGGCUAAGCAGAAAAAUCGCAGUAAGAGAAAAUACUUUUAUAAAGAGUUAUGGCUAUUUCUUAAAGGUGUUACUAAGAGCACUUAAUACGGUUUGCAGCUCCCAAGACAGUGUUUGAUUAAGGCAGGGUUCACCAAUGGAUGCUAAAACUCUUGGUUGACAAGAUGUUGGGAAACGGGGUCUUCACAAGGAUUUAAAUCUAAUCCCACAGAUGAUACAUAAAUUACAAAGGGGAAGAUGUACCUUCACAGUGCAAAGAUCUCUUGGGGACCACAAUAACUAUGGGAUGAAAUUGAGCAUCACUCAAAGUGGGACAACCUAACUUGAUGCCCCUCCUGAUGGGGUGUGAAAAUUACACACUAUCACCUCUUUAGUUUUCUUGCCCCAAGUGUCUAACUGGAAUUUAAUCAUGGUGAAAUUAUUAGACAAAUUCUGAAUGAAGUCAUUCUAUAAGAUAAUUGACUUUGGCUUCUCGGAAAGUCAAUAUCACAGAAGGAAAAAGUACGGGAACUAUUCUAAAUAAAAAAAAAACUAGAGAGAUAUGAUGACCAAAUGCAAUGCUUGAAUCUUGAUUGUAUCCUGAAUAUUAAAAAAGGGUAAAACCAAGCAAAUAGCUAUGAAAGACAUUUUUGAGACAAUUGAGAGUAUUUGAGUAUGGACUAUAUCUUAGGGGACGUUAUGGAAUAAUUGUUAAUUUUCUUAUGUGUGAUAAUGAUUGUGGUUGUGCAGGAAAAUGUCUUGUUCUUAGGCAAUGCAUGCAGAAAUAUUUAGGGGUGAAGUGGCAUGAUAUUUGCAACUUUCACAUGUUCAGCAAAAAUCAGUGUGAAUAUGAAGAGAGAAAGCAAAUAUGGCAAAUUGUUAACAACUGAACAAUUGAUAAAUCUAGGUGGAGAGAAUAGAAGUAUUUCUUGUAAUAUUCUUUAAAGUUUCUGUAGGUUUGAAAUUUUUCUGGGUGGAGAGAAGUCAUUUUGUAAACAGUAUUAUCUGGAUCUAAUGAAUAAGGCUAUACUCAAAAGAAAAACUAAUGAAUGUGGCAAAUUAGUGAGAAUGUAGCCUUAUUUUUACCUUCUCUCAUUUUAAUAUUUCCACUAUUACAAAAUAAAUAUAGCAUCUCUUAGAAGAUUUUAUUUAUUUGUGAGUAUAUAUUUUCUCAGCCUCAAAAGUAUAGUAAAUAAAAAGUAUCCUCUUAAUCAGAGGAUGAGAGGGGCAAAGGCCAGGGAUCUUAUUUGCUAAUUAGAACACACACAGAGUUGUGUUUUUUUGUUUUUGUUUUUGGUUUUUUUGGUGAGGAAGAUUGGCCCUGAGCUAACAUCUGUUGCAAAUCUUCCGCUUUUUUUUUUCCUCCCCAAAGCCCCAGUACAU